GAGUGAAGGGCAGGGCGCUGACUUCCGGGUGGCCGGAGAGCAGCGGAAGCGGCGGCGGCGGCGGUGGUGCUGAGAUCAGGGCGGAUUCACCGAGUCUGUAGAAACAUGGACAGUCAAGGCAGGAAAGUGGUGGUGUGUGACAACGGGACUGGGUUUGUGAAGUGUGGAUAUGCCGGCUCUAAUUUCCCGGAGCACAUUUUUCCGGCUCUGGUGGGGAGACCGAUCAUCCGCUCCACAGCCAAAGUGGGAAACAUCGAGAUCAAGGACCUAAUGGUGGGUGACGAGGCGAGCGAGCUGCGUUCCAUGCUGGAGGUGAACUACCCGAUGGAGAACGGGAUCGUGAGGAACUGGGACGAUAUGAAGCACCUGUGGGACUACACUUUCGGCCCCGAGAAGCUCAACAUCGACUCACAGAACUGCAAGAUCCUGCUCACGGAGCCGCCCAUGAACCCCACCAAGAACCGGGAGAAGAUCAUCGAGGUGAUGUUUGAGACCUAUCAGUUCUCAGGCGUUUAUAUCGCCAUCCAGGCCGUGCUCACUCUUUACGCUCAAGGUCUGCUGACGGGUGUGGUGGUGGACUCCGGUGACGGUGUCACUCAUAUCUGUCCAGUGUACGAAGGCUUUUCUCUUCCUCAUCUCACGCGUCGUCUGGACAUCGCUGGACGAGACAUCACACGCUACCUCAUCAAGCUGUUGUUGUUGAGGGGUUACGCCUUCAACCACUCAGCGGACUUCGAGACGGUGAGGAUGAUGAAGGAGAAGCUGUGUUACGUGGGCUAUAACAUCGAGCAGGAGCAGAAGCUUGCGCUGGAGACCACCGUGCUGGUGGAGUCCUACACGCUUCCGGACGGCAGAGUGAUUAAAGUGGGCGGCGAGCGGUUCGAGGCUCCGGAGGCUCUGUUCCAGCCUCACCUCAUUAACGUGGAGGGAGUGGGUGUGGCUGAACUGCUCUUCAACACCAUCCAGGCUGCCGACAUCGAUACCAGGGCUGAGUUUUACAAACACAUUGUUUUGUCGGGCGGUUCUACGAUGUAUCCUGGUCUGCCGUCUCGUCUGGAGCGGGAACUCAAGCAGCUCUACCUCGAGAGAGUCCUGAAGGGAGACGUCGACAAGCUCUCGAAGUUUAAGAUCCGCAUCGAGGAUCCUCCACGUCGUAAACACAUGGUGUUUUUGGGCGGAGCGGUGCUAGCCGACAUCAUGAAGGACAAAGACAACUUCUGGAUGACCAGAGAGGAGUACCAGGAGAAGGGCACACGUGUUCUGGAGAAGCUGGGGGUCACCGUUAGAUAGAUCACACACACACACACACACACACACACUGCACUCACACUCCCAGUCACAGUCACAGGGUGGCAUUUUGGCAGCAUAAACAACAGAGGUUUUCAGCAGAUUAUGAGGAUGAGAACAACGAUAUUCAAAUACUUGAAAUUCCUUUGCAAUCCAAAAAAAAAAGUGCUCUGUUUGUACGACAUUCCAAAUGUAAAGAUUCUUAUGACCACUGCACAGCACGAGACAAAAAUUGAAUGAAAUCGAGAGAUUUGCUCCUUUAUGCUGCCAAAAUGAAUCCUCAAACGUUCCUUCAUGUAUCACCAUAUCACGACCUGUUUUGAGUCCUGUCUGUCUCAUGAGUUCACAUUGACCCUAACAAAGAGAAAUAUCGCUCAAAAGAGAGUAAGAAACAGCAGGAUGUUGUGUACGUAGAGGGACAAAACAAUAAAAAGAUGUAUUUUUAAGAAAAACAAUGUUUCUUUGGUAAUAAAGUUGUUUUUGUAGUAAGGAUAAAAAUCGCUGCAGCCAAUCUGCUAAUAAAAAAAAAUGAAGAAUGUAAUUGUGGCCAAUAGUAUCAAACACAUAGACGUACUUCUAAAAGCAGAUUGCCUUUGCUGAAACGUCUGUUGUCUUUCUUUAACUUCCUGUGAUGUCGUUUCCUGUCUAUAAUCUCAGCAUCUGUGCACUCCAUUAUUGGAUGCCCUGAAAAUAGAGAGAGAGAAAUGCAGCAGCAACCGGGACCUUCCCCAAAUUACAUUUAACAGAACAUUUGAAGAGCGUGAUUUUGUCCAAUAAUGUCGCUGAGGAGGCUUUGAAUGCACUCCUGAUGAGCAGAGAGUCAUUUCAGUCAUGAGAAUUGGCAUUUGGAAGUCUUUCGAUAUAGACUCUCUGUUCAUGUCAUUCCGCCUGCAGCUCCAGGAUCAGUUUAAAGGACCUUCAUGAACAAUAGUAUCAAUAUCAUACUGUAUUUGAGAGGGAAGUGAUAAUGUUCUGCUGCAUGUUUUGCGUACGGUUAUGUCUAGAACCUAAUUUCCACAAAAAGCUGGUUGAAUCUCAUGAAACGCGUCGGAAUCACAUUUCAUUUCAAAAUCAAAAGAAAGAAAUAAGAAGUUAUAGUUUCCUUGAAGGAUUUUGUCGCAUUAUUUUCAUGACAUUAAUCACUGUUUUCCCCAAAAUACUCAUUACAGUAAUGCAGAAAAAUCUCGUUUUUAUUUCCAUAAUGCAAAUAAAAAAAAACAAAAAACUUUUUUUAGUUAUAGAAAUGCAUGCUAUUUUUCAGUUGUGUAGUAUUGAAUACUACAUGGUGAGUUUUUUUUUUCUACUAUGUGUAAUGAUGAUUUAAAUGCAAAAAACAAAAUAAUUGAAUUACAGUAUUUGUACUCUAAUUCAGUUAAAAUGAAACUAGUGAGAAUCUAAUAAUGGGAAUUACUAAAUGUCCAGGUGUGUUACUGUAAUGCGAAUUUGGCAGAUGAAUGUGUGUAAUUGUCAAGACAGUAAUGAUACUAAAAGAGGAAAAUCAAAUGUAAUUUCUGAUUGCUUUUGUUUUUGAUUUGGGGAUUUUUGUGAGACUCACACACGGAGGAUAUAAAACCGUGCGAGCAGCUGCAGCGGUGCAUUUAGUCGUGGCUCAUGCAUUUUACACACAUGUGCAUCAUCCAUCCAUGUGGCUUCAUUCCAUUGCAAUAACCCUGCAUCCUUCUCAUCAGCUCAUUUAUUUAGUGUUCUAACCAGUCUAAAUCAUGGCCAGAGGAGCCUCCCGAUUGUUCACUUUGCUAUUUUUUUUUUAUGGUUUCGCAUUCAUGUUUUUUCUUUGCUGUUGGUUGUCAGUCAUUUUCAUGUCCUAGUCGAGUCGCAUCUAACAGUCUGGGAAAGGAGGGCCUCACUGACGCCCGGUGGGUGUUUCUGGGUCAGGCGCUUCAUUCCCAGACUGAAGGCACCCGUGAUGUAGCGGUUUACUGCCUAUUUGUAAUAUGAAUUACAUAAUGAUGGUAUUGUUAAUGAUGAUAAUAAUUUUAGUGUUUGUGACAAGCGUUUGGAAGCUGGAUCAGUGAUGUUUCUGUGUUUGUACACACUCGCACAUGGAACAAACUAAACGACGAAUCCACUGAUUUCACUCACACGCAUUCUUGCAGUGCCAAGUUUGGGUAUUGUAGUCAUUUUGUUUGUUUGUUUUCUGCUUUUGGUUUUUGUUUCAUUUGUAGCAUACUGCCAGACCCCGAUUUAAAUAAAAGAAAAAUUGAUUUAUAA